GUGACGACCCCCCUGCCCCCCCCCCCAAAAAAAAAGGUGCCGGCACCGGGACGUGCCUGGACCCCCAGGACAAGAUGCAGGAGAGCUACGAAAGCGUCAUCUCCUUGGCCGAGGAAAUCGCCAUCAGCUGGCCGCGGAUCACCGCCUUCGCCGAAUCGCACCGGAGGCGGGGGCUGGUGUCCGAUGAUGCGUUGUUGAGUGAGAACGAAGAGGAAGAUCCACCACCGGGUGAGCUGGAGAAGGUGGAUGCCGAGGGGACGCCGGCCGGGAAGCCCAAAGGGACCAGCCCCACCAGCGGAGAGGGGACAAAGCCCGGUGACGGUCCCCAAAAACCAGAGAACCAGCCCAGAAAGCCAUCGGGCAAGCGACAGGGUAAAUCGGGCCACCGAGGCUUCAAGAAAUUCCCCCCGCGGAGCUUGCUCGGCCACAGCCGUUGCCACGACUGCGGAAAAGCUUUGGCUUUCGGUUCAGCCUUCAACAAGCGCCGGCGAGGGACCGAACGACCCCAUAAAUGCCCCGAAUGCGGGAAAUGUUUUCGUCUCAGCUCGACCCUCAUCACCCACCAACGCCGGCACGCCGGCGAUAAACCCUACAAGUGCCCCGAUUGCGGCAAGACCUUCAGCGUUGGCUCGGCCUUCAUCCAACACCAACGGGUGCACGCCGGCGCCGGCGCGGCGCCGUGCCAGUGCGGCAUCUGCGGGAAGAGUUUCCCGGCCAGCGCCAGUUUGGUGAAGCACCAAAAAUUACACCUGGAGGAAAAACCCUACAAGUGUGGGGAUUGCGGGAAGGGUUUCAACUGGAAUUCGCAUCUGGAGCGGCACCGCCGGAUCCACACCGGCGAAAAGCCCUACGCCUGCCCCGAAUGCGGGAAGAGCUUCAGUUGGAGCUCCCACCUCGACCGGCAUCGCCGUACCCACGCCGUCACCGGCGAGCCCGCUUGCCGUUGCGCCGACUGCGGCCGCUGCCCGGCUCCCCGCGGCGCCGAAGGCUCCAAAACCCCCGAGAAGCCCUUGCAGUGCGGUGAAUGCGGGAAGGGCUUCGCCAAGAGCGCGGCGUUGGCCAAACACCGGCGCGCCCACACCGGCGAGAAGCCCUACAAGUGCGGGGAGUGCGGGAAGGGUUUCGGCUUGAACGCCGCGUUGCUGCAGCACCAGCGGAGCCACGCCGCCGGCAAACCCUACCAGUGCGGUGACUGCGGGAAGAGCUUUGCCUGGAGCUCCCACCUCGACCGGCACCGGCGUAUCCAUAUGGGUGAGAAACCCUACCGUUGCGGCGAUUGCGGGAAGAGCUUCUCCCAGAGCUCCCACCUGGAGAGGCACCAACGCGUCCACGCCGGCGACGAGCAGCCCUGCCAAUGCACCGAUUGCGGCAAGAGCUUCUUGGCCUCCAACAAGCGCCGGCGGCUGUUGAGCGGCACCGGUGAACGACCCUGUAAAUGCACCGAUUGCGGGAAGAGUUUUCUUUGGGGUGCCCGUGCCCGACCAGCUCCGGAGAGGACCCAUAAGUGCAGCGAGUGUGGGAAGAGCUUCACUUACCGGGCGGAGAACGUCAAGCACCAGGGGACUCAGACGGGGGAGAAACCCUACACCUGCCCCGAAUGCGGGAAGAGCUUCGGGCAAAAUUCGGCACUGGUGAAGCAUCGCCGGAUGCACACGGGAGAAAAGCCCUACAAGUGUGGGGACUGCGGGAAGAGCUUCAGCGUCCGCUCCAACCUCAUCAAGCAUCAACGGACCCACCUUGGCGAGAAGCCCUACAAGUGUCCCGAUUGCGGGAAGGGUUUCAUCCAGAAGUCGGACCUCACCAAGCACCGCCGGAUGCACACCGGGGAGAAACCCUACAAGUGCAACGUCUGCGGCAAAUGCUUCAGCGUCUCCUCCAACCUCAUCAAGCACCAACGCAUCCACCUCGGCGAGAAACCCUACCAGUGCUCCGAGUGCGGCAAGAGCUUCAUCCAACGCUCCGAGCUCACCAUCCACCAGCGCGUCCACACCGGCGAGAAGCCCUACAAGUGUCCCGAGUGCGGCAAGUGCUUCAGCCGGAGCUCCCACCUCAACCGCCACCAACGCACCCACGCCGGGGACAAGCCCAAAGCCGCCGCCGCCGCCACCAGCAACCCCCUGCCACCUUCCAGCGCCUUCACUGGCGCCGCCUUCUCCCCGCCGUUGGGCGGCUCGGCGGCCCCCAUCCCCUCGCUGCCCUCCUUCCCGGCCUCCCCCUCGCCCCUGCCCAUCCCCUCCCUCUCCAGCCCCGCCCUGGACCUGCCGUGGGCCCUCUCCUUCCCUGCCCGCGCCUUCCCCCACCCCUCCUUCCCCUCGGCCCCCGCCUCGGGGGCCCAGACCUCCUCCCUCAUCAACUGAGCGGUGCCCGGCCCCGGCCGCGGCCCCGUCCUCCUCCCAGCCUCCCCAGCCGCUCGCCCCACACCCAACUUGGGCUGACCUCAAAGACCCAUUGUUGGGGGGGCUUGAUCCCACCUGGGCUGUUCGGUCUUGGUGGCUAAUUAAUGAUAGCUCUAAUUAGGGGGUGCGGGAGUUCCCCUUAUGCUGUGGCUCCAUCCUCCUCCCAACCUCCCCAGCCGCUCGCCCAACACCCAACUUGGGUUGACCUCAAAGACCCACCGUUGGGGGGGCUUGAUCCCACCUGGGCUGUUCGGUCUUGGUGGCCAAUUAACAAUCUCUCUAAUUAGGGGAUAAGGCAGCUCCUCCAGCCCUGACCACAGCCCCAACCUCCCCGGCCGCUCACCCCACACCCAACUUGGGUUGACCUCAAAGACCCACCGUUGGGGGGGGGCUUGAUCCCACCUGGAGCCGUUCGGCCUUGGUGGCCAAUUAAUGACCUCUCUGAUUGUGGGUGAGGGAGCUCGUCCAUCCCCAGCCACGGCCCAGCUCCACCCUUCCCCCAACCUCCCCAGCCGCUCGCCCAACACCCAACUUGGGUUGACCUCAAAGACCCAUCGUUGGGGGCCCUUGUUCCCACCUGGGCUGUUCAACCUUCAUGGCCAAUUAAUGAUCUCACUGCCAGCGCUGGGUGCGCCCCCCACCCCGCCCCCCCACCCCCCCGGCACCCCCCCAGCUCCGCACUGGGACCCCAACCUCCAUCCCAGUCCCCCCACUGCGC